GCAGCGAAGAGAAAUGGAUCCUACGGGCUCAUUGCCUCAGAUCUGGCCUCUUCAAAGGAUGUGGACGUGGGGCAGAGGCUUCAGGUGGCAGAGAACGAAAUUCUUGGCCAGAAAGUACAGAUUCUGCCUGGCUUGUUCAUUGGCAACUUUAAAGAUGCCCGAGAUGUGGAGCAGCUGAGCAGGAACAACAUCACACACAUUCUCUCAAUCCACGACAGCGCCCGCCCCAUGCUCGAGGGAAUGAAGUAUCUGUGCAUUCCAGCUGCUGACUCACCCUCCCAGAACUUGGCAAGGCAUUUCAGAGAGAGCAUCAAAUUCAUCCACGAGUGCCGGCUGGCGGGCGAGGGCUGCCUCGUGCACUGCCUGGCAGGGGUGUCCCGGAGCGUGACGCUGGUGGUUGCCUACAUCAUGGCCAUCACAGACCUGGGCUGGGAGGACGCCCUGUCCGUCGUGCGCGCCGCCAGGUCCUGUGCCAACCCCAACAUGGGCUUCCAGAGGCAGCUGCAAGACUUUGAGAAGCACGACGUUGACCAGUUCAGACAGUGGCUGAAAGAAGAAUAUGGGGAAAACUCUUCUCAGGAUCUGCAAGAAGCCAAAAAUCUUCUGAGCAAAUACAAAGAGCAGGCAGAGUUGCAGCAGAACACUGGAGGACGACAGUGGAAUAACAACUUCUCAUCUGUGCCAUCUCUCUCCUACAGCAACUACACAACAGAGACCUAA